AAUAUUUGAAAAGCAGGUUGAACUAGUGCAGACAUUGAAAGGUUGUGAGGACAGCAAGAUCCAAAAUCAUUUUUAGAUGGGUAAUAUAGUCCUCGUCAGGCGAUGUCAAUGUGUUCAGUGUCGCUACUCGGCAACAUUUGAAAAGCAGCUUGAACUAGAGGAGACAUUGAAAGGUUGUGAGGACAGCAAGAUCCAAAAUCAUUUUUAGAGGACCAAAAACGCAUCAAAGACCUGAAUAUGAGACAAUUCCUGCUUUGGACAGUCUGCCUCGUGUUGCUGCCCCUGUGUGUGAGAGGUAAGAGAGUUGUCUUCAUGCCCUUCCCCUUCACCAGCCACACCAACUACCACACGAACGUAGCGCGGACCCUCGCUCGGCAAGGUCACGAGGUCUGGUUGACCAUGCCCGACUACAUCGUCAACAGGCGGGUGUUGGACACGACUAACUUGACUGUCAUCGAGUAUCAGACAUUGAUAAACUUUGAGGAGAUUAUGACUGCCGCUUUACCCGGCAACUAUUUUAAAGGAUUGUCUGAGGAUUUUGGUGUGCUUAUGUCUAUUGGCUUACAAUUUUGUGAUACUCUUCUUACGAACGCUUCUUUCUUCCAGAACGUUAAAGAACUGCGUCCAGAUCUUUUUGUUUUCGACAAUGUACGGUUCACGAACAUGAUGACGAUAAUAUCAUAUAGACUUGGGGUGCCUUUUGCUUUUCUUGGAGCAUUUUACGACCCGAGCUACCAGCGAAUCCCUUUACAGCCUUGCAACAUACCAGGGCCAAUUUUUUGUUACAACCAUCACAUGAGUUUUCUUCCGCGAGUUUUAACCACUGUAAUUCAUGUAUUUUCCUCUGUGGUGGACGGAUUUUCCUACAAGGAUGCAGUCAGUCGCUAUGCACCAGAAAUGCCUUUCCUUACUAUAGACAUGCUGGUAGCAAGAGCUGAGAUCUGGUUGGUUACCACGGAACACAUCCUAGACUACCCGAGACCAUCGAUGCCCAAUGUCAAACUAAUUGGAGGAACACUUACAGGUCCUGGUAAACCAUUGCCACCGCAGUUUAAAUCUUUUAUGGAUGAUGCAAGAGAAGGAGUUGUUAUCGUAUCGUUUGGUAGUUAUGUCCUUAGUCCACCAGAACCAAUCACACAAAAAAUCAUGAAUGUGUUGAAAGAUUUACCUUUUAAAUCCGUUUUCCGUUCCAACAUUUCGUCACCAAACUCAAAGAAGAUUCUGACGUCGUCAUGGAUACCUCAGAAUGACCUGCUGCCUCACCCCAACACUCGAGUGUUUGUCAGCCAUUGCGGUAAUGACGGUCAGUACGAGGCUCUGUUCCACGCCGUGCCAGUGGUGGCUACGCCGAUCUUUCUUGACCAGUUCUACAACGCUGAGCGCAUGCGCGUAAAGGGCAUGGCAGAGACUGUCGACCUCAACACCGUCAGUACAGACGAGCUGCACUCCACCAUUCUCAAAGUGGCCACCAACACGAGCUACAAGCAGGCCAUCACCAAAGCCUCGGAACUGUUUAAAAUCGAAUUCGGUGUUCCUGUGGAGAAAGCGGCCUACUGGCUUGAUCACGUGAUGAAAUAUGGCGGCAGUCACCUUCGUUCGUCAGGACAUGAAGUCCCUUUCUUACAAUUUUCGUGCUUGGAUGUUUAUGUUUUUCUUUUAUGUUGUGUACUACUGAUACUGCUGAUUCAGUAUAUCUGGUUUUUAAAGUAUUCAAUUGUUUCUUCUCGAAAUCAAAGGCAAAAAUAGAAUAAAAAGGAGUGAAAACUACUUAAAAGAUUUUAAAGAUUUCUUUAACUUACAGAAGUUAGUAAUUAAACAAUAAAUCUAGCCAUUGACCAACAUGGGUAAAAGAGUUUGCUCCAGUUUUGAAAUUAACCUUUACUAAGCACAUUACAAAAUAAUUUGUCCCUGAUAAUCCUUCAGAAAAUAAGGUUUCUUGCAUUAUUGUAACUAAGUGUUUUAUUACUCUUUAUAUUUUAAUGUUUUGUUGUUAGUUUUAAUAACCUUCAAUGAUGUUAUCAAAGUUGAUUUUACUACAAGAAAACAAAACGUAUAUCUGUUAAAAAUUUUACCAUAUAAAUGUAUUUAAAGUGCUCUUUAAAACGGAGUAUCACAAGUAAUUGUUUUUAUUGUAGGUUAAUAAAAAUAAAUUUUAUAAAAUACCGGUCGAAAUUUCAUUCGUGGGAACUUGCCGCUGAGUAAACAAACACGUCGCGGGUUACCGCAGCCGCGUAGUGUGUGUUUAGCAAAGAUUCUCCAAAAUAAAUUUGUGCUCUGUUAUAUUUACAGAAUAUAAUAUUACUUAUUGAUUUCCGUGUCUAAUUUGGUGGGUAGUCGC